AUGAUUCCUCUAGUCACCGCGAAGUAUGACUGGAUCCUAGCCAUUACCACAAUCGCUUUCAUUUUCAGUGCCUUCGGUAACGGUGCUAACGAUGUCGCCAACGCCUAUGCCACAUCUGUCGCCGCCCGGACACUCAACAUGGCCACGGCCGGUGUCCUGGCUAUCUUCACUGAGUUCAUCGGCGCAGUAGCCAUGGGCAAGCGAGUCACCGAUACAAUCAAGAACGGAAUCAUCGACAUCGACCGCUUCGAUGGCAAGCCUGGUGCGCUCAUGCUGGCCAUGGGCUGUGCCGAGAUUGGCAGUGCUAGUUGGUUGAUGUUCGCCACUGGAAUGGGCUGGCCUGUCUCGACGACGCAGACUAUCGUCGGCGCCCUCGUCGGUGUUGGUUUUGCUUCCCAGGCUGACAUCAACUGGGCCUGGUCAAAGGGAAGUGUCUCCCAGGUUGCUGCAUCUUGGGGUAUUGCCCCUCUCGUUGCAGCUGGAUUCUCGGCUAUCAUUUUCGGUACUCUCAAGUACUCUGUCCUUGAACGCAAGGAUCCCUUCAAGUGCGGUAUGCGUAUGAUUCCUUACUACCUUGCCACGACCGGAGCCAUCCUCGCCCUCUUCAUCGUCAUCGAAGCCCCCACGGCACCAUCUUUGGAGGAGUUUGGUGCUGGCAAGGCAGUUGGUAUUAUCCUGGGUGUGUUCGUUGGCUGUUUCGUCAUUGCCCACGUCUUCUUCAUGCCAUACUUCAAGCGCCGUCUCGUUCAAAACGAUGCCCGUGUCAAGUUUUACCACAUCCCCCUCGGCCCCCUACUGCUGAAAGAGAACCCACCCCUAUACUUCCCCGGAAAGGGCGACGAGGCCGUGAUCAACUACUAUGAAGAUUCCUACGGCGAAGUCCGUGCCGGCCAACACGAUGCAGCCAAGGAAAACUUUUCAUCAAAUGCAGACUCUGUCACCGCUACCCCGGAAAUUACAGCAAUGUCUAGCGCGGGCCACGUUGGAGAUGACGAGGAGAAGAUCAGACCGGCAACCGCCCCUCGCAAGAAGCAUCUCGAACCAGCUGAACGUUUCCUCGACCCUGUCCGAGAACUGUCCUGGACCAAUCCCAAGAAGGCCUUUGGUUACCUGAAAUAUGCUUUCCUUCAGGGUGUCACCCGUGAUGUGGUCACACACGACUCGUCUGAGCUGCGUGCAAUCCACGCACGUGCCCACCGGUAUGACGACCGCGUCGAACAUCUCUGGACAUACUGCCAGGUUGUCUCAGCCAUGAUGAUGUCCAUUGCACACGGUUCCAAUGACGUGGCCAACGCUGUUGGACCCUGGGCUGCUGUGUACAGUACAUACCACGCUGGCGCUGUCGAGACCAAGGCACCUACCCCUACCUGGUUCUUGGUUGUUGCUGGUCUGCUGCUCGGUCUUGGAUUCUGGUUCUUCGGAUACCACAUUGUUCGUGCUCUUGGAAACAAGAUCACCCAGAUGUCGCCCACCCGUGGCUUCAGUGUUGAACUUGGAGCUGCUGUCGCUGUGCUUUUGGCUUCAAGACUUGGCUUGCCUGUUUCCACUACUCAGUGCUUGACUGGUGCCUCUAUGGGAGUUGCUCUCAUGAACUAUGAUCUUGGCGCUGUCAACUGGAAGCAACUUGCCUUUAUCUUUGGUGGUUGGGUCUUGACUUUGCCUUGUGCCGGAUUGGUUUCUGGACUGCUUUGCGUGAUGGCAUUGAAUGCCCCUCAUCUGUAA